AUGGACAGAGACCAGAACGAGCUCUCCUCUCCUACAAAUGGUCGACCACGAGAUCACCCUGAAAGACACCUGGGAGGCGAGCCGAAGUCCAGGAACCUGUCCUGCAUGCUCGAGAAGGAGUGGGUCGCUUUCUGGCUCUUCAGGCUCGGCUAUUUCAUCAUCGUCUUCAUCUUCUCUCUGCUUUUGACCACAGCUGUUGUCUACACAGUGGCCUGCGUUUAUGCGGCCAAGCAGAUUACUUUCAAGAAGAUCAUGAGCGUCGUGCCCAGAGUGUGGAAGAGGCUCAUGGUCACUUCCUUCUGGAGCUUCGCACUCUUCUUUGUGUAUAACGUUGUGGCUGUAGGGCUUCUGAUUGUAUGGCUCGUCGUGCUGAGGCAAUUUUCGGUUGGCCCUGCACUUGGGAUUGCCAAGGCAGUCAUUCUCUUGAUCUUGUACGUUAUUGGGAUUGUUUAUAUCACCGUAUUUUGGCAAUUGGCGAGUGUGACCUCGGUUCUUGAAUAUGCGUAUGGAAGGAAGGCGAUGGCGAAGAGCAAGAGACUGGUUAAGGGCAAGAUGGGCCUAUCGGUUUGGUGUUUUCUUGGUGUCUUGGUGUGGUCCGUGCUGGUUCAAGCACUCUCUGAAUCCCUUGUUGUCUUGGGCUUCCAAUUGGAGUCAAGAUUGGUGUUGGGCUGA